AUGCGUCUUCUUACUAUUGGGCUUGCUUCGGCUUCUGUGUUGAUGAGCUUUGCGUUCGCGCAAGAAACGACUACUAUAACGAGAGGCGGAAUGACGGUGACGAUUGUUAAGCCUGGAAGCACAACGGACGACGAUGAUCCAGAUCCUCCGACCACCACAAAAGUAACCACCAAGCCUACCACCAAGCCUACGACUAAAACAACUCCUGGUGGAGGAGGUCCUGUCACCGUGACUGUUACCCAGACUACAACUAUCCCGGGAACUACCCCAAAACCGACCACUCCAAAAACAUCGACAACCAAGAAACCAACCACGAAACCACCUACGCCAACUGAAGCCCCAGACCCAAAUUUGACAAAGUGCCCAGUUCCAUUGUAUUAUAAGUGUGGUGGUGCGACAGAAGGCUGGAGUGGAUGUUCGGUGUGCGCGAAAGGGCUUAUCUGUACUAGUCAAAAUGAUUGGUACUCUCAGUGUGUGAGUCCAUAA